AUGUUCGUGUGUAAGUCAGGAGCCAUGGAUGAUGUGAUGAUUACUGGAAUGUCGGGUCGAUUCCCGAUGUCUGACACUAUCGACGAAUUCGCACGAAAUCUAUACGAAGGCCGCGAUUUGAUUACCGAUGACCACAACCGGUGGCCAAAAGAUCUAUUUGGUAUAAACCCACGGAUGGGUGCGAUCGGGAGCUGCGAUCGCUUUGACGCCGCGUUUUUCGGCCAAUUGGGCGCCGAUCUGAUGGACCCACAGCUCCGUAUGCUAUUGGAAGUGGUCUACGAGGCCAUCGUCGACGCCGGUCUACAACCGCAGCAAAUGCGUGGCACCAACACCGGCGUAUACGUGGGCGGUUCAAAUGUCAACUCCGGUCUACCCGACGAUCUGGAGCCCGAUUUGGCCAACUCUGCCAUUGCAAUUUUGCACAAAGAGCUUGGCCACAUAGAUAACGCUAUAGUAUGCGCGUCAAAUUUAUGGCUUCAACCUAUAUUAUACCAGUGCUCACAAGUACAGGGCCUUUGUUCGACACGGGGUGUGUCCGCGCCGUUUGACUCCGGAGCCGACGGUUACGUGAAAGCGGACGCCGUGUGCGCUGUGCUGUUGCAGCGCCGGCCGGACGCCCGCCGUGUGUACGCCACUGUGCGAGCGGUGCGACUGAACGUCGACGGGGCCAAAAAGGACGGCAUGUAUCAGCCCUCCAGUGACGCACAGGAGUCACUGAUGCGCCGAACGUAUACCGACGCCGGCAUCGAUCCGAGAAAACUGUCGUUAGUGGAGUUACACAGCGCCGGCACUCAGGCCGGUGAUUUUAGAGAAGUUAAAGCCAUUUACAACGCGUAUUGCAAACCUACGGCCCGUACGGAGCCGUUACCUAUUGGGUCUUUGAAGAGCAAUAUGGGUCACGCGGAGGGCGCCGCCGGUCUCGUGUCACUUAUUAAAGUGCUUAUAGCCUAUGAAAACGAAUGCAUUCCACCCAAUAUUAAUCUAGGCACUUUGCACGCCGAAAUUGCGCCAUUUGUACCACCACUUUUGCCUGUAGUAAAGUCUUAUUAUUAUAAACCAGGGAACGGCCAGUUGCACGGCAAAAGUGUUCCCUAUAGGGAGGGUUCCCCUAAGGGAGGUUUGGCAGCGGUGGACAGUUUAGGUGUCGGCGGUGCGAACGCACACGUAUUGCUCGAACCCAACUAUAAGUUGGCCACAAGUGAUGGCCACCAAAAUGUCGCCGAUAUUAUGCCCAGAAUUGUCAACAUUUGCGGCAGAAGUGAAGAGUCCGUCAAAUAUAUAAUGGAUUUCAUUGAAAAUAAUCCGCAAAAAAUUACAAAUGAUUUUUUGGCACUUUUGGCGCAAACCAUGAAAUAUACUCCAAAUGUUAACUCAUCGGGAAUGACGUUCAGGGGCUCAAUUAUAAUGAAAUCAGUGUCAGAAGAAGAGAAAGGAGAAAUAAAAUAUGAAUACAAAAAACAGAUGGUAAUUAUGGCUGAGAAAACACGUAGACCUCUAUGGGUACUGUUCCCCGGUUUGGGCGGUCAGUGGCCGGCAAUGGCUAAGGCUUUGAUGCCAAUCAAGACAUUCGCCGACACUAUAGAAGAAUGUCAUCAAACGGUUCACAAAGAGUUUGGCAUUGAUUUGAAACACAUAUUACUAUCAGAAGACAAGACAGCCAUCUCUACGAUGACCGCCAAAUUCGUGGCCACAACUGCUAUAGAGAUCGCGUUGUUUGCGGUCAUCAAAGACCUGGACAUCACUCCCGACGGCAUAAUUGGGCACUCAUUCGGUGAGAUUGCCUGCGCUUUUGCCGACGGAUUAAUUACUGUUAAACAGGCCAUAACAGUCGCCGCCUAUCGGGGUUUAAGUAGUGUUCAAAAUGCAAAUAUAACCAAAGGCUUGAUGGCAGUGAUUGGUCUGCCCCGAGCGCUGGCCUUAAAAUACAUGCCAAAAGGUGUAUACAUUGCCUGCAAUAAUGCCAGCAAUAAUGUUGUCAUUUCAGGUCCGAUUAAUGAAAUGCGGGAAAGUAUGAAACAAUUUAAAGCGAAGGGCGUAUUUGUGCGGCCAUUAGAUAGCAAUGAAAUCCCAUACCAUUCGCUAUACAUUACAGAAUCAGCAAAAGCCAUGAAAAAGGCUAUCGUCGCUUACAUACCUAACCCUAGGCUGAGGACUAGUAAAUGGUUGUCCACUUCGGUGUUGGCAACGGAUCCCGAGGAGGAGCUGUUGAGAUACGCGAGCGGCGAGUAUUUUGAAUAUAAUAUGGUAAAUGAGGUCCUUUUUCACGACCAGUUUCAGACAUUGCCCGCCGACGCCAUUGUGCUCGAGUUGGGCCCGCAUUCAGUGUUCAAACACAUAGUGUCCGAAACCCUACCGAAGAGUACGUAUAUAUCGCUCAUUAAAAAGGACUCAAACGCCACAAAUAUGGAUAUGUUUUUGUCCGGUUUGGCACAACUUUACGGACUUGGCUUUAAUCUGACCGUUGUUAAGCUGUACCCGCGGGUGGAGUGGCCGGUUCCGAGGGGUACGCCAUCGAUUGGAUCGCUCAUUAAAUGGGAUCACAGCCAACAAUAUUACGUUAAAAACUAUCAUGAUAGCUAUUGCAAAGCCAACGCGUCGGACACACUAUUUACAAUAAGUCACAAACUAAACGAGGAUAAUUUUUAUAUGGAUCACGCGGUACAGGGCAAAGCCAUAGUGCCGGCCGCCGGCUAUCUAAUGAUGGCGUGGCGUAAAGCGGCCGCCAGUGUUGGCAAAUUGUGGUCAGAGUGUCCGGUCGUGUUUGAAAGCGUGCACUUUAAACGGGCCGUAUUAUUAUCGGAUAACGCGGACACGUGCCUCCGUAUUAGAUACAAUGUAUUAACCGGCGAUUUAUCAGUACACGAAAAUAAUGAAUUAUGCGUCACGUGUCGCGUGCAUCCGGUGCUGUCCAAUGCCGACGACUACUGCGACGACGAGUCCGUACUCACCGCUCAGGACUCGAUCAGCGACUGGCGUUCACUCGUCGAUUACAGGCGUCACACCAUUGGACGCAACGAUAUAUACGCGUCGGUACACGCGCUGGGCAUAGAUCACGGCCCGGCGUUUCAGCGCCUGGACUCCAUCGGUACCGACGACUUUCACACCUUUUACGGCCGGUGCGAGUGGACCGGCAAUCCUGUAACCUAUUUAGAUGGCGUUUUGCUGGCCACCGGACUUUACUUGCCGUUUCGGGCGGCAACGGUGCCGGUGGUUAUAAGACAUCUUCGCGUCGACCCCCGCAUUCUGUUGGCCGCCAUUCGGGCCGAACGAUCUGACGGCCCCCCGCUGGCGUCUUCCGGCGUGUUCGGAGUCGCCACAACCGAUGGUACUAACGCUCAGCACGUCGAGAAUGGUGUCGAUUAUGAUAAUAACUCAGUCACGCGUUUCAACGAGAUGUUUGCCAAGUUCUCGGCGCACCUGCCCUUCCGAUACGACGCCGACACCAGCUUUUUGGUGACACCGGGCGUCGAAAUAUACAAGACUUCCGGCCAAACAUUGAGCACCCGUUUUGAUACAAACUUAUCGCUAGACUCGUAUGAAUUCUGUGCCAACAAUUAUAAGGCGGCCAUCGAUGUGUCGGCGCGCGCAGAGAUGUUACAAUAUAUUGAGCCGGGAGGAGAGAAAUUGCGAUAUAUUUUUCAUUACGAUAACAACAAUGCCAUUGAUUUUAAUACCAAACCAUAUUCACAAAUAUUGGCCAACGAUUUAUCGGCCAAUGUUAUCAAAGAGGGAGUUGUGGGCACUUAUAAGCGCUUCAAAUUGACUAAAGAUUACGAUAAAUGCCAAUCAAAUGAUUAUUAUUUAAAUAAAGGACAAUCGGAUGAUAUGUUGAGUUUGCAAUUUUUUGACGCCCGGAAUGUACCGCAAAUUGAUUUCCAUUAUAAUAACAAGAUGGAUUUUACAAUGGUCAAUGUUUAUUACUCGGGCCUAUCGUUUUAUGACGUCAUGAUAGUAACAGCGCGUAUACCUACUGGAAUGGACACAUUUUAUACCGAUUGCUUGUUGGGCUGCGAAUAUGUGGGCCGUCGGGCCGACACCGGCGAGCGAGUGAUGGGCAUGAAUUUGAACCGAUGCUUUGCCACCAGUGUUUACGCGCCCAUCACUCACAUGACUCCCAUUCCCGAGGACUGGUCUAUGGCUGAGGCGGCGACUAUACUGAGCGCGUAUUGCACUGUAUAUUACGCGCUCAUUAGACGGGCUAACCUUAUACAAGGCGAGAGUGUGCUGAUUCACUCGGGCGCUGGUGGCGUGGGUCAGGCGGCCAUUAAUGUGUGCCUACACUACGGGUGCGAUAUCUACGUAACGGUUGGGACGGCUGAGAAGCGUCAGUAUUUGCGCCAAAAGUAUAACAUUCCCGACGAACGCAUAUUCAGCUCAAGAGAUACGCGAUUUAUGGGCGCCGUUAUGAAGAGCACCGGCGGUCGGGGCGUCGAUAUUGUGCUCAAUUCGCUGACCGGACAAAAGUCGGACAUGAGUUACGAUUGUUUGGCCAAUUCCGGCCGAUUCAUCGAGCUCGGCAAACACGACCUGGUUCGUAAUAGGCCGUUGGAUCGGUACAAGUUUUUGCGCGACAUUCAAUUUAUUGGCGUCUCGUUAGACAUUGUGUUAAAAAACCCAACGUUUUUGUCCGACUUUUUUGCGUGGGUUAGCGAAAACUCGGUACCAGGUAUGGGGGCCAACGGUAGUGAUGGUUGCGUUCGACCGUUGAAUUACACGGCAUUCCCGGCCACCAAAGCAACCGAAGCGUUCGCGUAUAUGACUACCGGUCGACACAUCGGGAAAGUGAUGAUACAAUUUAGGGACGAAGAGCCGGAUAAGCGGCCGUUGGUUCGCAUCAAACCCGCGCCAACGCUAAUGGUUUCCGUCAAAACAUAUUUCAAUCCCAACAAAACCUAUAUAAUUACCGGCGGUUUGGGUGGAAUUGGUCUGGAAUUGUUGCCGUGGAUGCACUACAGGGGCGCCCGAAAGUUUGUCGUCACUUCCCGGCGCGGACUCACCACUGAGUAUCAGAAUUUUGUAAUCAAUCGUAUGAUUGAAUUUUAUUCAAAUACACCUGAUUUGAUCUCAAAAAUAUUUAUUUCGACGGCCAAUGGGUUGUUAAUUGAGGGCACAAAACAGUUGCUCCGGGAGGCCCAGGAGUUGGGACCCAUAGGAGGGGUAUUUCAUUUGGCGCUCGUAUUGAACGAAAAUUUGUCUGAAAAUAUGCCGAUUGAUAAGUUCGCCGAAACGGCCGACACUAAGCUCCGGGUGUUUGAAAAUCUGGAUCAACUGACCCGUGGGUUGGACUAUAAAGUGGACUAUUUUGUUGUGUUUUCGUCGCAAUCGUGUGGCAAUGGAUUUCCAGGUCAAGCGAACUACGCGUACGGCAACUCUGUGUGCGAGCGGCUGUGCGAACGCCGGCGUAGGGAUGGUAUGCAUGGGUUGGCCGUACAGUACGGGUUUAUUGGUGACGUCGGUGCGUUAGAAGGCCAUAAAAGUCACGAAUCGCAUACAUUGUGUCGUAAACAACGCAUUAUAUCGGCGUGCGAUGUAUUAGACCGACUGUUAACUCUUCCCAAUGCUAUCGUCACUUCUCAGUUAUUUGAAAAGCAAAUGUCAUCGCAAACCAUCGCUAAAACUGGUAAUCGAUUGAUUGGCGAGUUGUGGUCAGUGAUGGGCGUCGAGCCGAACACAACGCCCGAUGUGCUCACUCUGGGCGAGAUAGGGCUCGAGUCGCUGUUCGCCAUACAAUUGCAAAACGAGUUUAAGAACGUUUUAAAUAUGAAUGCGCCGCUCGCGCACAUCAAAGGCUUGACAGUAGGCAUGUGCCGGGCGUACGGCGAGGGCGACCAGGAGCCUGUGCGCGAAUACUUAAUUAGCUUUAAAAGCACCCACUCGUCAGUACAUCGGAACGUGUUUGUGAUGCCGACGGAGAAAUGUGUGCUCCUAAAUGGUGCGCCCGGCGGUCAUGAUCGGAGUCCAGUAUUUUUUAUGCCAACACUUACCAUGAGUUUCGCCUUAAUCGACGAAUUGGGUCGGCGUCUGGAUCGACCGGCGUACGGCUUGAACUGGACUCGCGAGUGCAGCCAAUUGGCCACCGUUGCUGAGGUGGCCGAGUAUUACAGAAAACUAAUUGGAGACAUAAUGAGCGAGCAGUUGGGCCGGUCGGGCGGACGUUACGAUUUAGUCGGCUAUUUGGACAUAACACCCGUAUGCGUUGAAAUUUUGAUGGGUGUCGUACCUGUGGCCGGUGCGACAGCCGCCACCGCUGACCGAGUGGUGAUCGUAGAGCCAGAUUGGCUUUUCAAUUUCGGCGAACAAAUUAUGGACGAUUUUGUCAUUGAGUUUAUGUUAACUCAGUUGGCAACCGACGCGCCCAUUGCGGUGAUGGACAGGAUAUUAGGCCGCGUGCGCGCCGAACCCGACUUAAAGGCCAAGAUCGCUAUCGUAAUGGCGCACAUGCAUGAGCUAACCCUACAGCGCGUGGAGGCGCCCGAUAUGGCCCACGUAUUUGGUGCGAUGUUGGCCCGGAUUCGCAUGUUUUUCGAGCAUAGAGUCCACAAACGUCGACCCAUAUCCCAAACAUUGAGGGCAUCGGUAACCAAGAAAUGGGCGAAAAUUAGAGGCAAAUUGAUUAUUAUCAAGCAAUCAGUGGUGGGAAUGCCGGUCAAUUUAGAGGACGCCAUACAACUAGCUUUGGGCGCAAACGCACCGGAAUAUAAACAGGUGUGCAUAUAA